UCAAAAGCUCCAACUAUGGCUGAAAUAAGGCUAAGGUUGACUGAAAACGAAGUGUCCACCAAUGGUAGGACUGGGGCUGUUGCAUGGUUGAUCGAGGGUAUCAACAUAGAAAAUGCUCAAGAUGGCCUACGUUCUUCUAUAAGACAACUGCCAGAGGAUCCAACUGCUUCUCAGAGAACUCUGAUGGAAGAAAAAAGGCAGAAACUCUUGUCUCGCAUCAAUAAGUUCCAUGAGACUGCAUUGGUUAUGACAAAUGGGAUGGAAUUGGAAGGGGGAGCAGGAUUGCACCAAGAUGACCCUGAACUGUGCCUGGAGGAGGCUGAUGGAUCUAAUUUUCCAGGAAUUGAAGAGCUGGGGGAAGACAGUAUUUUGGACAUCGGAGAUGAUGCUGACUCACCUGCAGAGGUUGCUGAACUUUGGAUAUCAUCAUGGGGGACAUCUGAUCCGAUCAUGAAUGAUGUUGUCAUGCCAUUACAUCAAGAAGAACUGGAGCCUCGAAAGGGUCAAGCAAAUGACUGCCUGGAAAAGCUUCGUUAA